AUGGGGGUUAAGAAGCCUUCUGAAUUUGUCAAAGAAUACAGUUUCCAGGGGACCGAAGAAAAGACAGUUAAGACACCAAGUGUCUUGUCUAAGAUCUAUAGCAAGACCAGACAAGCUUCUAAGAAGUUAGACUCCCUCGGUGUUGAAAUUCGUGGUAUCCAAAGAAUCCCUCCGUAUGAAAGAGGCACGUCGAAGCAAUUUUUAAGCGUCGCUGGGCUGUGGCUGAGUGCAGCGGGAGGAUUAUCAUCCAUGUCCUCAUAUUUUUUGGGACCGUUAUUGUUUGAACUAACGUUCCGCCAAUCACUGGUCAGUGGCCUCAUAUCCAUGGCCAUUGGCUGUGGUGUAGCGGCCUAUUGCUCCAUCAUGGGACCACAAUCGGGGUGUAGGCAAAUGGUAACUGCUAGAUACCUCUUCGGAUGGUACUUUGUGAAGUUUGUGGCCCUGGUCUCGAUCAUUGGUGUAAUGGGAUGGAGCAUUGUGAACUGUGUUGUUGGGGGCGAAAUGCUCGCAGCUGUAUCAGACGAUAAGAUUCCUCUUUGGGUUGGUAUCAUUAUCGUGACGGCCUUGUCGUUCUUGGUUGCGAUAUUCGGCAUUAAGCAAGUUUUGAGAGUCGAGACCAUGCUAUCGGUUCCUGUACUGACCUGCUUCCUCCUGCUGUACAUCUCCGCCAGUGACAAGUUCAAUCUAGUAGAUGCGUUUCAAAAUGACGACGUUGAUGCACUGACCAUCAAGGGAAACUGGCUAUCAUUUUUCUCACUAUGCUACAGUAUCACCUCCACUUGGGGCUCCAUCACGUCAGACUACUACAUUUUGUUCCCAGAGGAUACGCCCUCUCAUAAAGUGUUUUUGCUGACGUUUUUUGGCACUUUACUUCCCACCACAUUUGUUGGUGUUUUGGGAUUGAUACUGGCUGCCUGUGCCGCGGCCUACGAACCUUGGCAAGAAGCCUACGACACCUACGGAAUGGGCGGUCUGCUACAUGCUGGUUUCUCUCGUUGGAACGGCUUCGGCAAGUUUUGCGUCGUUGUUUUGAUCUUAAGUUUGAUCUCAAACAACAUAAUUAACACCUACUCUGCAGCUUUUUCGUUGCAGCUUUCAAGUGUGCACAUGGCGCGUGUGCCGCGCUGGAUUUGGGCCAUCGCGUGCACCGUUUUCUACUUGGUGUGUGCCCUGGUCGGCAGAAACCACUUCAGCACUAUUUUAGGUAAUUUUCUGCCGAUGGUAGGAUACUGGAUCAGCAUUUAUUUCAUCAUCCUUUUGGAAGAAAACACUAUAUUCAGAACGCAUUUCCUGCAAUUGUACACAAAAGAGUUCCCGUCGUUUGACGGGGCCGAUGAACACCGUGGCGCUAUCCCAGGUGCGUCGUCUCAGAUCAGCCUGCGGGCGCUCAAGGCCAACCGGUCACGUUUUUCAAAAGCUCAGCGUCGCUACAACUGGGACAUGUGGAACAACCCCAAUGCCUUAACCCACGGGUAUGCGGCGACAGCUGCGUUUUUGGUGGGGGUCGUGGGAGUCGUUCUGGGAAUGGCUCAGGCCUACUGGAUUGGCCCGAUUGCACGCCAUUUUGGCGAAUAUGGUGGAGACUUGGCUAUGUGGUUGAGUAUGGGCUUUUCGGGUGCAGCCUACCCAGGCCUGAGAUAUCUCGAGCUGCGCAGGUAUGGCCGCUGA